CUCAUAAUCAAAUAUUUGAUCCUUGUAUCAACCGAUUUAGCGAGCAUCGAAUCAUGUGGUAUUGUGUCUUGCAUGGUCAUAAUGGCGUUCAGUUUAGCCGCUUUUUCAUAUAUCGUGGCAUUAAUCGUAGAUGCUUUUCUAAUAUUUUUUGCAAUAUUUCACGUGAUUACAUUCGACGAAUUAAAAACUGGAUACAAAAAUCCGAUCGAGCAAUGUAACAGUUUAAAUCCGUUAGUUAUUCCAGAAUACAGUUUGCACAUUCUGAUCAAUGUUUUAUUUUUAAUAAGUGGACAAUGGUUUUCAUUGCUUCUUAAUAUUCCAUUAAUUGAUUACCAUUUAUGGAGAUAUUAUCAUAGACCUGUGAUGUCUAAGCCAGGCUUAUACGAUCCCACUACUAUUUUGAAUGCGCAAGUUCUUACUGCUCACCAAAGAGAAGGAUGGAUUAAACUUGCAUUUUAUGUCUUAUCAUUUUUUUAUUAUUUAUACGGCAUGAUUAGUUCGUUGAUUCAAUGAGAAAGCAAUAUUUUUCUUUCAAUACGUUGAAUUAUAAUUCUCUAUCUGUGGUGUAACGUGGUUUUUAGACACAAAUUGUUUGUACAGAUAAACUUAUUAUGUCACAAUUUCAUAAAAUAAAGCUUAAUACCAGAAUA